UCGACAUCGAAGCUCCCAUCUACGCUUCUAUUCUAUCCUUUUCUCUGCCCUUUACUCGCCAUCAUGUUUCUCCUCCGCCGCACAGCUGCUCGCGCGAUCGCCUCGACGCCCUCGUCGGCCGUCUUCGUCACGCCGCGCUCCUUCUCCUCCCUCACACCCACCGCGUUCCGCGCCAAGAAGCAGCAAUGGACCGUGUCUGCUUUCCAGAAGAGAUUCCUCAGCGAGGACCCGCACAAGGUUGCGACGACAGAUGCUGAGGCCAAGAAGGUCGAGGCAGAGGAGGGCUUCGCGCAAACCGCAGCAGAGGCUCCCGUAGAGCAGGACCUCACCCCCGCGCAGGAAGAGGCACAGGCCCCGCCCACCGAUGCUGAGAACACUGUCGGCGCCGAUGCCUUGAAGCAAGCCGCCGAGCCCAGAUCCGGCCGUGGACCUCCAAGGGAAAAGCCCCGUGUUGCGCGCGAGCGGAAUAUGGUUCCUAACAAGGUCGUCUACGUCGGCAACCUGUACUACGAGGUCACCGCAGACCAGCUGAAGCGCGUCUUCAGCCGGUUUGGUGAGAUUGAGAACGUCAGGCUCAUCUACGAUAACAGGGGGCUCAGCAGAGGUUUCGGUUACGUUGAGUUCAAGGACGAGGCGGCUGCCGGAGCCGCGUGCGAGAACCUCGACAUGCAGGUAUUCGAGGGCCGCAACCUCGUCGUCCAGUACCACUCGCCCAAGGAGAACUCGCGGACGCGCACAUCGACCGGGGACAUCGUGCCCAACCCGCCGUCCAAGACGCUCUUCAUCGGCAACAUGUCGUUUGAGAUGUCGGACAAGGACCUCAACGACCUCUUCCGCGACAUCCGCAACGUCAUGGACGUCCGCGUUGCCAUUGACCGCAGGACGGGCCAGCCGAGAGGCUUCGCCCACGCCGACUUCAUCGACACGGCCAGCGCCACCCGCGCCAAGGAGGUGCUCCAGGAGAAGAUCAUCUACGGCAGACAGCUGCGUGUCGACUUCAGCAAAUCAGGCAGCAACAACCAGCGCGACGGCGAGAGGAAGUAAGGGCGGCAUCGAGUGGCGCGUUGCAAGCAUUGUUUUGAUAAACGAGAGGGGCGGAUUGGUCAAAAGCGUCGGGGGCAUUUAAAAGACGACGACGUGAGAGCACAUGAGCAUGUUUCCAUCUUGUCGUUUUCUACUGUGUUGAUAGGGCUGGCAGGACGGCAUGUACCAUAACUAGAGGAGUGUCCCGGCGUUUGAUUCCCCUCUCUUUCUGUACAUGAUAGGGCGGAAUGGGUGCUGCGGCGAAACAAAAUUUAAUAGCUGACCUCAG